GUUGGAAAACUGAUCCAAGAAGCAGCUGGAAGGAGUAAUUUGAAGAGAGUAACUCUGGAGCUUGGAGGGAAGAGUCCCAAUAUUAUUUUUGCAGAUGCUGAUUUGGACUAUGCUGUGGAGCAGGCCCACCAGGGAGUGUUCUUCAACCAAGGUCAGUGCUGUACAGCAGGAUCCCGCAUUUUUGUGGAAGAGUCCAUCUAUGAGGAGUUUGUUCGAAGAAGUGUGGAGCGUGCCAAGAGGCGAAUAGUUGGGAGUCCUUUUGACCCGACCACUGAACAGGGCCCUCAGAUCGACAAAAAACAGUACAACAAGAUCCUUGAACUCAUCCAGAGUGGCGUGGCAGAGGGGGCCAAGCUGGAAUGUGGCGGCAAAGGACUAGGCCGGAAGGGCUUUUUCAUUGAGCCCACCGUGUUUUCCAAUGUUACCGACGACAUGCGGAUUGCCAAGGAAGAGAUUUUUGGGCCAGUUCAGGAAAUCCUGAGGUUUAAGACUGUGGACGAAGUUAUAGAGCGAGCCAACAAUUCUGACCUUGGACUCGUCGCUGCUGUUUUUACAAAUGAUAUCAACAAAGCACUCACAGUGUCAGCAGCGAUGCAGGCUGGGACUGUUUGGAUCAAUUGUUACAACGCCUUAAAUGCCCAAAGUCCCUUUGGGGGAUUCAAGAUGUCUGGAAAUGGGCGGGAAAUGUAA